AUGUUCAGGGAAAAGCCGCGGCCGGAAACCCUGCCCGAGGGCUGGGAGGUCAAGACAACAACUACAGGCAAGGUGUUUUACGUCAACCACGUGACAAAGGCAACGCAAUGGGAGAAACCGAAGCAGCCAAAGCCAAGCACCCGCGGCCGUUCCAACGGCAACAGCGUGGUGGUGGAGCCAAGCGCGGCGCCCAUCGAGAGGUACGUGGCAAAGGUGGACGGGCCCGCUAGGGCCUCUUCUUCCCGCCGCGAGCCAGAGGGCGGCCUCGACACGAAACAACGACAACGACAGCAGUCGCAGCAAGCGCGACCGUCUUCGAGCAGCCACGAUGCCCUCAACCGCACCAGCGUGGAGCCAAGCGCGGCCCCGGCGGGGAGGCCCGCGGCAACGGUGGACAGGCGCGGUAGGAAGAGCUCCUCCACCAGCCGCGCGCAGCGCGAGGAUGUCCCUGACGGACGGCGGCCGUCGACACGCAGCAGCAAUUCCUCCACCGCCAGCUGCAGCAGCGGAGACAGGGACCAGGACGCGGAUACCAGCUGCAGCAGCAGAAGGAGGAGGACCAGCCGCAGCUCGGACGUUUACGAAUGCAGCGGCAGCGGCGGCCGCGGCAGCCGCCAGAACGGGGACGGCGGCAACGACAACACCGUCGACAGCGGCCGGGGGGUUGGUGACGGGAGGAAGGAGUUAUUCCCGUCCUCACGCCGCCGAGGCAGCACCAGCAGCAGCGGCAGCAGCAACACCGCCAAGAGCGACAGCGUCACGGAGAGUACCCGCGGCCACAGGAAGGAUAAGAGUGAGGGUGGGGGGGAACUGGCCUCAGCCCUCCCUGACGGCUGGAGGCGAGCGCACACCAAGACGGGCAGACUCUACUACCGCAACGAGAGAGAGAACCUAAGCACCUGGGACCCGCCGACUUCCGCCGAGGGUUCCAGCCACGGUUCGGUCGGCAGCAGCAGCAGGGGGAGCGCAGACGACGUCGGCAGGGGCAGGGAUAGGGAUAGGCGCGAUCAGUCUAAGACCCGACCCUCCACAAGCACCACCAACGUCGACGACGGGGCACAAACCUCGCACCUCCCUCAUGGCGGGAGCAAGGCCUACACCAAGACGGGGGAAGUCUACUACCGCAACAAGCACGACAAAAUCACCGCCGGGGACAGGCCAGGGCUUGUCGAGCAGCCGAAUGGCGCGGAUGCUGGUGGCAAGGACAAGAACAGGGGACGGGGAGGGGAGAAGAAGUCGGUUGCGCAGACUAGCGGCAGCGCCGAGAAGGAGCAGCCUCUUCCCCCUGGCUGGAGCAAGGCCUACACCAAGACGGGGGAAGUCUACUACCGCAACAAGCACGACAAAACCACCACCUGGGACAGGCCCGUGCUUGUCGAGGAGCCCAAGGGCGCGGAUGCUGGUGGCAAGGACAAGAGCAGCGGACGGGGAGGGGAGAAGAAGCCGCCUGCAGAGACUAGCGGCAGCGCCGAGAAGGAACAGCCUCUUCCCCCUGGCUGGAGCAAGGCCUACACCAAGACGGGGGAAGUCUACUACCGCAACAUGCACGACAAAACCACCACCUGGGACAGGCCCGUGCUUGUCGAGGAACCCAACGGUGGCAUGGACAAGAGCGGGGGACGGGGAGGAGAGAAGAAGUCGCCUGCGCAGGCUAGCGGCAGCGCCGAGACACAGCAGCCUCUUCCCCCUGGGUGGAGCGAGGCCAUCGCACCCGACGGCAAGACUUUCUACCGCAACCACGUAGACAAGACCACCUCUUGGGACCGCCCGGUGCUCGCCCAGGCCGACAACACUGCUGCUGCAUCAGGGCCCAAGCCACGCCAGCGGGAGAGGGCUGGCGACGCGAAGAAGGGCGCCCCUCCCCCCCUGCCGCCUCGGCGUGCAUCCGUCGGAAAUACCGAGGUGCCGCAUGCACAACAGCCGGCGGCGGUGCCUGCAUCACCGACAGCACCAGCACCAGCGCCGGCCGCUUUCGACCCCACCAUGUUCGGCAUGCCCCCCGGGACCCAACUCCCUCCCCAGAUCCAGCAAGCCAUGAUGGCGCAGCAGCAAGCUAUGAUGCAAGGGCAACAGCGAGGUCAACAACCUGGCGCCCGCAUGCCGAUGAUGGCCAUGCCCGGGGCCGCGGCCGGGGGAUCGCCGGCGAUGACGGGGCUCGGCAAGGGUCUGGACUUCAUGAUGAAGCGCUUGACCACGCGCCCGGUCGUGAAGCCGAGGCCUCAAGGAUACGUCGGCCUGGACGGGGGCAGCUUCACAAACGCGGGGGGCUUCACCGAAGGAGACCUGAAGGCGCCCAAGAUUCAGAAGCCGAAGAAGCCGAAGAAGGAGGAAGAGCCGUCGUCGAUCGGAGACAAGGCCGGCAAAGCUUUCGUUAAGGGCUUGAACAAGGGCAUCAACUCCGGCCUCGGCAUGGUCGGCGCAGGCGACUACUACAAGGUGAACAUGAAGAAGAAGAAGAAAGGCGGCCUCCGGUUCGGCGGAAAGGUCAAGAAGAUGGGCGGAUCCGAUUCGGAUGAGGAGGAGGAGGAGGAAGAGGAAGAAGAGGAGGAGGAAGGAGCAGAGAUUGAUGUCGACAUUGACGUCGAGAUUGAAGUCGGCGAGGGGGAGGAGGAAGAAGAGGAAGAGGGGGAGGAGGAGGAGGAGGAGGAAGAAGAGGAGGAGGACGACGACGACGACGACGACGACGAGUAG